AUGGCGGAAGAAUACGACGUUGAAAGUGUUAUUAGUAAAAUUAUAAACGCCAAUGAAUCAACAUGGGAUCCUGAAGAAAUAAUGCCACUAAUAAUAAAAGAAAUAGAUCAACGAAAAGUAGACGUAAGGAAAUUCAUAGAUAAUUGUGAUUAUGAUAUAGAAGCUAUAGUAGCCGAGAGCGAUGAGUUACGUAUCGAAAGCCAAGACCUCGUCGACGAAAUGGAGACUUGUAAACAAGAAAUAGAAGAAGAAGCUAUGGUAGAAAUUAUUCAGUCUCUUGAUAGUCACGAUAAAAUUGCCAAAGAAUUACAAUCAGUUAAUUUUGCUUUGAACAUCGUAGAUGAUGUUAUAAGAUGCAGUGAAUACAUGAAACAGUUCGAUGAAGGUAGGGAAGCUCAGAGUUUUUCUAGAGCCAUCGAAGCAAUUGACGAAUUAAUGCAGUUUAUAGAGACGCCUACUAGUGGUUUUAAGCAGUUAGAACUUUAUGAGAGUACGAAAAAUACAGCCCAGUUAAUUUUGGAUGAUCUUUUGCACGACCUGAACGAGGAAUGGGAAAAAAUGAUAUCGUUCAGUAUGGAUCUCCAAAAUCAUAAAACAAUUAUCACAAUGAAUAUAAUAUUAGAUGAAUCUGAAAAUUGUAAAGAUGUUUUAGUUGCACUAGAUAACACCCAAAAUCUGGUUGGAAAAAUUUCAGCAUUUGCCAGAAUUCUUAAGGAAGAUGUUUUAACACCAAUACUGAAACACGAUUGUUCGAUUUAUUCAGCUACCGACGAAACAGCAACAAUAACGAUCAAUUAUAAACCGAAUUUCACUCCUCCGUACAAUGUCGUAAUAGCAAAUAUGAAGUUAUUGUUUCAGUUCAUCAAUAAUAAAUUCAACAUAAAAUAUUCUGAAAAUAAAACACUUAUGAAAAUAUUCGGACAGUUGAUUAACGCGGACUUUUGUGAAAUGAUGAUUAACGAUUGUCUAGUGAAUACGAUACCAAAUAAUAUCAACGAUUUGCAAUGUUACGAUAAAGUAACAUCUGAUAUACAAGAUUUCCAAUAUUUUCUAACAGUUAUUAAUUUAUUCCCCGAAGAAGGUCUGACGCUGUUGAAGUACAUGGACAAUAUUGAUGUUCUGUUUUCGCACAGAUCGAGUCAGUACUUCUUAGAAACUGCGCGAAGUAUUAUGCUCAAAGAUUUAAGUAUCACAAUGUCUAUAGGAGUCGAAAAGAUACCAGAUGAGCAAAUGAAUUCCGAAAACUAUUCAGUGGACACUUACACGGAGGAGGCACUUGAUACAUUUGGGAAGACAUUACCAAAAAGUUUGUUCUACUUUCCGAGAUGUAUGAUAUCGAAAACCGCUCGGGAGUUACUCGAUCUGGUCUACUUGAUAAUGGAGCAAGCGGCGCAGUGUUCUGAUGUUGUUUGUAAGAAAAUGUAUUAUACCGUGAGGCUCAUAUUCGAACUGUACGAUGCGGUGGUCCCAUAUAGUCAUGAAAAUUAUCUGCAGACAAUACCGCAAUAUGUUGCAUUGUUUCACAACAAUUGUAUGUAUCUCGCACAUAACCUACAGACGCUAGGUGACAAAUGGUUGUCUUUGAUGGACGACAGGGAGCUAGAUUACUCGAUAGGAUUUUUGGACUUGGUGCAAAAGCUCAGGGAGUUGGGAUACAAACAUCUGACAAUGCACAUGCAGCAACAAAGGAAACAAAUAUUGGACAACAUUCGUUCUUCGGAUUUGAACUGCAUCGUAGUAAAAGAUGUCUUAGGUGAGAACGCAGAAGCGGCCGUCAGGCAGUGUCUCAGGCAGUUGCAGCUAUUGAAGAAUGUAUGGAUCGGGGUUUUCCCGUCUAAUGUGUUUACAAAAUUGAUGGCAACACUGGUCAAUAUGUUCGUGGAUGAGCUGAUACACCGGGUGUGUACCGUAGAAGAUAUAUCGAUGGAGAUGGCAACACAGCUCACCGAAAUCUACACUCUAGUUGUACAAAAGGCACCUCAAUUGUUCCAAAAUACAUCAGAUGUCGAGACAUACGUUAAAUCGUGGAUCAAACUGCAAGAAUUAAUUUUUGUACUCGGCGGUUCUCUAAAGGACAUAGAAAAUCACUGGAACGAUGGAACAGGACCAUUAGCCGUGCAUUUUAAUGUAGAGGAAUUGAGAAGUCUCAUCAAAGCUCUGUUCCAGAACACGCAGUUUCGCGCCAAUCUACUGUCGAAGAUAAAAUAAUUUUGUUCUGUUGUAGACGUUAUUAUUAAUAUAAUAUUAUGUGUUUAUGGC